CAGUCUCGCUGCUUUUCGGCAUCGAUCGAAAAUUGGGGGCUUAAAUACAUGUCCAAUUAGCAGAGCUCGAUCUGAUCGAAGAAGAAGAAGAGUGAAUCGAAGAUGGUGAACAUGACGACGUUUUUCGGGAUGUCACUUGGUGCUUUCGUCUUCUGGCAAUCAAUGGAUAAGGUUCAUGUCUGGAUUGCUCUUCACCAGGACGAAAAGCAAGAAAGAAUGGAGAAGGAAGCAGAGAUCAGGAGAGUGAGGGAGCAGUUGCUACAAGAAAACAAAGAAAGAGAAUCUCUUGCUUAAUUUUCCCAAUUCUUGGUUUGAUUUGCCAUUUAUCUGCAAACCUUUGUGCUUUUCCCUUGGAUCAAAUGGUUGUUUGAUUUGCCUGUGUUUUUUAUCAGGACAUGCCUUGUGGAUUAAGCAGAUACCCAUGAUUAUUGUUCAAUAAGUUUGUCUUCUUUAAUUACUAUUUUGUGCCUAAA